UAUUCAACAAUAAUAAUAGAUCUAUAUAUCUUUUUGGAUCUAAAAUUUAUUUAUAUCUAAUCUAUGCAGGCAGAAAUACUCAUUGAAAAACAUGUCUGACAGAUUUUUAAGCACCAGCAAAGGGCCUAAAUUUUGUAAGUAUGCUACCAGCAAGGGACAAAAUCUAUUUGAACGUGGCUACUGGAAUCCUAUGCCUGUGGAUACCUACUUGAGUGGCGAUGGUAUGUCUCACUGCUAUAGAGGACCUGCUUAUUAUGUUCCUUCAGAGCGAGCUUGGGUGGAUUACAAAGACCACAGAUCUCUUCCCCCUCUAACAAAACGGGAUGCCAUACACAUGGACAGUGAGGAUAAAUACAGAGAUUUCCAGAAAAAGCGUGACAGUAAGCCAAAUGCUUCUGGAAUUUCGAUGUCUGGUUAUCCCAUGAACUUUACUGGUGUGCCAUAUCCACAACUAAUUCCAUUUCACACUGAUGCUUGGAGAAGGCGAUGGGAUGGACCUGGCAAUUUUGUUCCCCCCGUUGAUAAAUGGGUUCAUGAGAAUCCAGGAUCCUUGUACCAUGCUUACAAAUUCUACAAUGAAGAAGAUUACAAUAAAUUUCGUUAUUUGAACGAAACACCUAUUAAUCGCCAGAAAGUUGUCAGAUAAAUAUUCUAACUUGGCAGAUUUUUUUCUUAGCCAGUUUUAAUUGUUUAAAUUUUGUAUAAAAUCUAUGAUUAACAUUUACAAGCAUGGCAAAACAGACCUUAGAAAAAUAAGUUUUAGCAAUGACACAUAUUUGAUUUAUGCUGUGAUGCUGAUUCAUAAAAUACUUCUUUUAUUCAGAACCAUCUGCUAACAUUCAAUAAUGAAUGUCAGAAUAAAAGUAAAUCAUGUUUUGAAUGUUAUUAUAAACAAUAUAGAAACACUAUAAAUGUUAACCCUUUAUAAAAUGUAUGAAUAUGUUAUCAAAUAAAUUUUUAUAUGAACUUCUUAAAAUAAAUAUAUUAAAUUUUUAUGUUGUGGUGCUUUCAUUGACAGUAUUACAUUAUUUUUGAAAACAAAAGUUGAAUAAAUUGCAAGUCAAAAUUUGUUGGUAAUUUAAAGUUUGUUUAUUAAUAAAUUAUUUCAAAUAACAAUAAAAUGAUUAUAUUUACAUUCAAUUUUUAAAUACCUGCUAUAACAAAGCCAAUGCAAGAAAAUAUAGAAAUAUCUUGAGCAAUAUGAUAUCUUUAUUUUUAUAUAUGUAUAAAAGACAUUUCAAAACAGAAACCAAGAGUUAGCUGCAAUAUAUGGAAUAAUAAUACCUGUGAUAAAGGAAGAUAACAAGUUUACAGAAUGAUUGUUGAGUAUUUCUCUUCCACUUAUAUCUUCAACAUCUGGUCCUUUAUAUUCCACUAUAAAUCCAUACUUUUUAUGUUUACCUGAAAAGAAUGAUAGAAAUUGUUUGAAAACAUUAUGGUUUUUUUUAGAUGAAGAUUGGGUUUAUUGCAUUUUUUCAUUUGGAUUUUGGUGUUUCUUAUGCACAAAUCAUUUCUGACAUUUUAUUGAUUGUGUGUAAAAUGUGUAGUUAAACAGCUGGAAAUACUUGUUUAAAUUUAGUACAGAAUUGUACUAAGGUCUAAGUAAAUAUUAUAUGCAAUCCGCAAUACAGUUGGAAAGCUUAAUGUGUUUGGUAUAAGAUUUUAUUUUUUUCACAAUAAAUGAUAUAGCUACA